GUCAAAUACAAGAUGGAUGGAAUCACGACAGCAACACGCUCAACACAUUUCUAAAAAGAAAGUGGUAUUUCAGUGCUGCCUGGGAAUACGGCAAAAAUAUUGGCUAGAAUGGACAACUUGGUUCACUACAGUAACCCAGCGCAUGCCAUCUCGCUGCUGAGCAUCCUCAAUGAGCAGCGUCUACGGGGCCAGCUGUGUGACAUUGUGCUGGUGGUGGGGGACCAGCGGUACCAGGCCCACCGGAGUGUCCUGGCCGCCAGCAGUGAGUACUUCCAGUCUCUCUUCUCCAGGAGGGACUCGGAGCACCGCGCCAUGGUCCAGCUGGACUUCUGUGAGCCUGACGCCUUUGAGCUGGUCCUCAACUACAUCUACUCUUCCUCCCUGUUUGUGGACAAGGGCAGCCUGGCUGCCAUCCAGGAGAUGGGCUACAGCCUGGGCAUCCCUUUCCUGACCAACAUCAUGGCCAUGAGGCCGCAGGUUUCAUACUGCAUCUCCAGAAAAAGGGUGUCCUUUACAGAUGAGGAUGAUGGCGGCUAUCAGCAAAGGAGUGUCAUCGUACGUCAGAGCCGCGGCGAAGCCGCUGGGGUUGGUGGUGCUCAUAGCCAGGGUUCAAGCUUGCUUAAGUCACUGAAGCACGGCCCUUACUCGGCCUCUGAGGAGGAAGCCUUAGCCAUGUCGGUUAAAGAACAAAGCCAGGCCUCUCGACUGCGUCGAGGUAAUGCAGUCGAGAGGAGCGGUGACUUUACAGAUCGUAAUCCCAGCAGGUCCUCGGACGACAAGUCCAUCAGCUCGGCCACUCCAUCCAUCAUGAAGGGACGGUCAGCUCAGAGCACUAAUACAUCUGUAAGACCUCAGCUGACCUCGUCUGUAUCUUUCAGUGAGUCCCAGAUACAGCAUGCGAGUUUACUGCCGGAUUCCAGUGUUGACCCUGGAGAGGAACAACCAGAGCCCCAUUACAGCCCCAAAACGUCCAUCUCGGGCCAGCAGACGGAGCGACACCCACCUGUGGACCGCAGCGGACCCCUCAUUAAAAGCCUGUUGCGGAGGUCCUUGUCCAUGGACAGCCCCGUUCCUAUCUUCUCCCCAGCGCUGGAGCUCAAAGACUCACAGAACAGGGAGCACUCUGUGGUGAAAAUGGCCACAAAGACGAGCAUGACGACGCCGUCGUCCGCUGACCAGAAACACCAGGGGUCACAGGACGUUCCAUCUUUGAUUCUCAGGGCCAGACACCACAACAUGUACGAGAGGGGGGGCGGUCAGGGAACAGACGUCCACGUGAAAACCGAGCCCAGCAGUCCACUGGCUGACCCCUCUGAUAUUAUACGUAUUACGGUAGGGGAUAAUCUACCUGUCAACCUCAGAGACCUGCAAAUAAACUUUGAUGAGAACCCAAAAGGUUACUUUAACCAUGCUGGAAAACGGAGGGCAAGGAUAGAUAACUUGAGUAAUCCGUACAAGCGGUCUCGGAUGGUGAAUGAACACUAUUUCGCACACAAGGACACUGGACCAGCUAAUGUACAGAGCACCUCAAACGCGGAGGAUGGCAGUGAAGAGCCGGGCGAGUUAAGACCAAACAAGAUGUUUAAAUGCUGGAACUGUUUAAAGAUCUUUCGAUCGAAUGCGGGUUUGUAUCGGCACGUGAACAUGUAUCACAACCCAGAGAAACCGUACGCCUGCGACAUAUGUCACAAGCGCUUUCACACCAACUUCAAAGUGUGGACCCACUGCCAGACACAGCACGGUGUGGUGCAGAACCCGGCGGCGUCCUCGAGCUCAUACUCGGUGCUGGACGAGAAGUUCCAGAGGAAGCUGAUCGACAUUGUGCGCGAGCGUGAAAUCAAGAAGGCCUUGAUCAUGAAGCUCAGGAGAAACAAACAGAAUCUACAGGCUCAGCCCUUUGCCAAAAAGAGUCUGCGGUCAAGGUCGACCUAUGUCUGCCCCUACUGCGGGAAGAUGUUCUGGUUCCAGUCGCAGUUCAGGCAGCACCUGAAAAUGCACCCAGUAGAGAACGACAACCCUCAGAUAGACCGAGGAGUUGAGUCUGCGGAGAACCAGAACCAGAUGGCUCACUUGAAAGAAAACCAAAGCAAGGACGUAUACCCUUGCAAGCUUUGCAAUGCAAAGCUCUCCUCUCCCAUGGAGCAAGGGGACCACGAGAGGGGCUGCCGACACGCCACUGUCUGUCCAUACUGUGGCCUGCGCUUCUCCAGCCCCUCGGUCAAGAGGGACCACGAGGCCCACUGCGACUACAAGAAGCUCACCUGCCUGGAGUGCAUGCGCACCUUCAAGUCCUCCUUCAGCAUCUGGCGCCACCAGGUGGAGGUGCACAACCACAACAUGAUGACCGUCCGGGAGCAGUUGUCGCUCGGCCAGCAGGAGAACCAUGGGCAGGACGAUGACGACGACGGCGGCGACGCUCCGCCUCGGGGACCGCACCUUCCGCAGCACCACCAGGAGUCGUUGGGCGACAACAUGAGGAAGGAGGCCUUCUACCGCGACUCCUCUUCGCUGCCCAUGUUCGACUCGGAGGACUCGUCGUACAUGCCCGAGGACCUCAGCAUGGGCUCUCAUGGCGAGCACGGCGAGCUGCAGGUGAAGGAGGAGCCCCUGGAGGAGGCGGUGAGCGAGAGGGAGAGUGCAGCCGCUGGGAGUGCUGCUGCUGCUGCUGCUGCUGCUGCUGCUUAUGACCCAAACCACACUCAAUUCAGGGUGGCCUUGGUGUUCAUUAAUUGUCCCCUUGCUUACCCGUUAGCUGUCACCUCGGAGGUGACCUUCUCGGAGAUCACGGCAUACCCUGAGCCUCCCAGAGGAGUGCCUCAACCUCAGUGGAAGUUUCCAUACUCCUUUUUCUCCCGGGGACAAGAGGAGCUGGAUGGGGGUCUUUGA